AUCUGUGAUUUGUUUAGAACGCCAUAUUGUCCUUCUGAAUUUUGGUUAAAUUACUUUUAACCAUGGCAGCUGUUGCGCCAAAAACACAUGAAGAAAUUGAAGCUCAGAUCCGUGAGCUACAAGCAAGAAAAGCUGGAUUGGCUCCUGAAGGUGAAGAAAAUGGAGAAGGUGUCCCUCUUACUGCAUCUGCUGGCAUUUAUAUGGAUGAAGAUAUUUAUGGAGGCACUAAAUCAAAGUAUGAAGGUUACGUGACAUCCAUUGCUGCGAAUGAUGAAGCAGAUGCGGAUGAUGACGAUUAUGAAUCAACCUCAUUGAUGAACAAAAAAGCUGGUUUUACUGCACCAUCAGUUUUUCUUCAAGAAACCAGAGGUGACAAGGAAUAUGAUCCGUUUGGAGAAAGAAGAGUUCCACGUAUUGUUGAUCGUGAAGAUGAAUAUCGAGCUCAAAGACGCAAGUUCAUGAUAUCCCCUGAAAGAUUGGAUCCAUUUGCUGAUGGUGGAAAGACGCCAGAUGCACAAUCAAGGACCUAUCAAGUUAUUAUGCGUGAACAAGCCCUUAAUAAAGAUCAAGUUGAACUUAGAAAAAAAAUUGCUGAUAAAUCUAAAGCCGGUGAACUUAAAACAACAGAAAAUGGAGAAGUUGCUGCAAAACCAGCAAAAAGGAGAAGGUGGGAUCAAGCUACUGGUGAUGACACUCCUUCUGCACCAGCCAAGAAGAAAGUAUCAAGUUGGGAUGCUGCUGAGUCUCAUACUCCAUCCGCUAGUCGUUGGGAUGAAACACCAGGAAGAAUACCUAAGGGUUCUGAAACUCCUGGUGCCACUCCUGGACAAAGCACCAGAAUGUGGGAUGCCACUCCUGCUCAUGCUACCCCUGGUGCCGUUACUCCGGGUCAUGAUACACCGGGACAUAGGGCAACCCCUAGUGCUCGUAGAAAUAGGUGGGAUGAAACUCCAAAAACGGACAGAGAAACUCCUGCACAUGGCAGUGGAUGGGCAGAAACACCUCGCACAGAUCGUACUGGAACCGACUUGAUUCAGGAAACGCCUACGCCUAGUGCGAGUAAACGACGAUCUCGAUGGGAUGAAACACCAUCGUCUCAACUGGGGAACCAAACACCACAAACUCCUUCAAUGAUGACGCCAAUGACUCCCAUGACACCUAUGACACCAAUAACACCAAGUGGUAUUACACCUACUGGUACUAAAGCUAUGGGCAUGGCUACUCCAACUCCAGGUCACAUUAUGGCCAUGACUCCUGAACAGCUACAGGCUUAUAGGUGGGAGCGUGAAAUUGAUGAACGUAAUCGACCAUUAACAGAUGAUGAAUUAGAAACUAUGUUUCCACCUGGUUAUAAAGUACUCCAGCCACCCGCGGGCUACAUUCCUAUUCGAACUCCAGCUAGAAAACUUACAUCCACUCCUACACCACUUGGUGGGCAAUCAGGAUUUUUUUUUCAAAAAGAAGAUCCUGUAAAAAUGAUGGAUACUCAGCCAAAGGGUAACUUGCCUCCUUUAAAGCCAGAGGAUAUCCAGUAUUUUGAUAAGUUGCUGGCUGACGUUGAUGAAGAAGCAUUAAGUCCUGAUGAACAGAAGGAACGAAAAAUAAUGAAGCUGCUUUUGAAAAUUAAAAAUGGAACACCUCCCAUGCGUAAAGCAGCGCUUCGCCAAAUUACUGAUAAAGCUCGUGAAUUUGGGGCUGGACCUCUUUUUAACCAAAUUCUUCCUUUACUUAUGUCACCAACCUUGGAAGAUCAAGAACGGCAUUUACUUGUAAAAGUUAUUGAUCGAAUUUUAUAUAAGUUAGACGAUCUGGUCCGUCCUUAUGUACAUAAGAUUCUGGUGGUCAUUGAACCCUUAUUGAUUGAUGAAGAUUAUUAUGCUCGUGUUGAAGGCAGAGAAAUUAUCUCCAAUUUAGCAAAGGCUGCUGGUUUAGCAACUAUGAUUUCCACCAUGAGGCCUGAUAUUGAUAACAUAGAUGAAUACGUUAGGAACACUACAGCGAGAGCCUUCGCUGUGGUUGCUUCCGCUCUGGGUAUUCCAGCUCUCCUGCCUUUUUUGAAAGCUGUAUGCCGCAGCAAAAAGUCCUGGCAAGCCCGGCAUACUGGCAUCAAAAUUGUACAACAAAUUGCCAUUCUAAUGGGAUGCGCUAUUUUGCCUCAUCUCAGAAAUUUGGUUGAAAUUAUUGAACAUGGUCUUGUUGAUGAGCAACAGAAAGUAAGAACAAUUACUGCUUUAGCAUUGGCUGCUUUGGCUGAAGCUGCUACUCCAUAUGGUAUAGAAUCGUUUGACAGUGUUUUAAAACCUCUGUGGAAAGGUAUCCGAACACAUCGUGGAAAAGGAUUGGCUGCCUUUUUAAAGGCUAUAGGAUAUCUCAUUCCAUUGAUGGAUGCUGAAUAUGCAAACUAUUAUACAAGAGAAGUGAUGCUUAUUCUCAUCAGAGAGUUUCAGUCUCCCGAUGAGGAAAUGAAAAAAAUUGUAUUAAAGGUAGUUAAACAGUGUUGUGCUACUGAUGGUGUUGAACCUCAAUACAUUAAAGAGGAUGUUUUACCUCAUUUCUUCAAACAUUUCUGGAAUCAUAGAAUGGCUUUGGAUAGACGGAACUACAGACAACUUGUUGAUACUACUGUUGAAAUCGCAAAUAAAGUUGGAGCAGCCGAAAUCAUUCAUCGAAUUGUAGAUGACUUAAAAGAUGAAAAUGAACAGUAUCGAAAAAUGGUUAUGGAAACAAUUGAAAAAAUCAUGGCCAAUCUUGGAGCUGCAGAUAUUGAUUCCAGACUGGAAGAACAACUCAUUGAUGGUAUCUUGUAUGCAUUUCAAGAGCAGACCACAGAGGAUAUGGUGAUGUUAAAUGGUUUUGGCACCAUUGUGAAUGCGCUUGGUAAACGUGUGAAACCGUACCUACCUCAGAUUUGUGGUACCAUUUUAUGGCGAUUGAACAAUAAAUCUGCUAAAGUUCGGCAACAAGCUGCUGAUUUGAUUUCAAGAAUAGCAGUUGUGAUGAAAACAUGUCAGGAAGAAAAACUCAUGGGACAUUUAGGUGUAGUGUUAUAUGAAUAUCUUGGUGAAGAAUAUCCUGAAGUUUUAGGUUCUAUACUUGGAGCCCUAAAAGCCAUUGUAAAUGUAAUUGGAAUGCACAAAAUGACUCCACCCAUUAAAGAUUUAUUACCAAGAUUGACUCCUAUCCUGAAAAAUAGGCAUGAAAAAGUACAAGAAAACUGCAUUGAUCUGGUUGGACGUAUAGCAGAUCGUGGUGCUGAAUAUGUUUCUGCAAAAGAAUGGAUGCGUAUCUGCUUUGAAUUAUUAGAGCUGUUAAAAGCCCACAAAAAAGCUAUUAGAAGAGCAACUGUAAACACAUUUGGAUACAUUGCUAAAGCUAUUGGUCCACACGAUGUUCUUGCUACUUUGUUGAAUAAUUUAAGAGUACAAGAGCGCCAGAAUAGGGUUUGCACAACUGUUGCAAUUGCCAUAGUUGCUGAAACUUGUUCCCCCUUCACUGUUCUUCCUGCACUAAUGAAUGAAUACAGAGUUCCAGAAUUAAAUGUACAAAAUGGUGUUUUGAAGUCACUCUCCUUUUUGUUUGAAUAUAUUGGAGAAAUGGGAAAAGAUUACAUAUAUGCAGUCACUCCCCUAUUAGAAGACGCUUUAAUGGACAGGGAUUUGGUUCAUCGUCAGACAGCAUGUGCUGCCAUUCAGCACAUGGCCUUGGGUGUAUAUGGCUUUGGCUGUGAAGAUGCCCUGGUUCACUUGUUGAAUUAUGUCUGGCCAAACAUAUUUGAGACAUCCCCUCAUCUUGUACAAGCUUUCAUGGGUGCUGUUGAAGGGCUUCGUGUUGCACUUGGACCAAUCAAGAUUUUACAGUACUGUCUACAAGGUCUGUUUCAUCCAGCAAGAAAAGUGAGAGAUGUGUAUUGGAAAAUUUAUAACACAUUGUAUAUCGGUGGACAAGACUCUUUAGUUAUUGGUUAUCCAAGAAUACCCAACGAUUCACGCAAUACCUUCACACGUCAUGAACUAGAUAUGAUUUUGUAAGCAUUAUUGUAUAAAAAUGAUUUUAAAAAUUUCACACAUUUGUUUUGAGAUAUUGGAGCUUUAUUUCUUUCAGAAUAAAUUUCUUUGUAUAUA